AACUAUUGUUUGUAUAAAUGUAAUGAUCAAGCGCAUUACUGCUUUAGUUUUGAUGUGAGAUAGUUACAUGUACAUUUAGGUAAUUGUGAAAUAGUUAAUCAUCAUCAGCAGUAGCAAGAUGGCCAGACUGACAGCUGAAGAAAAGAAGUUCUACAAGGAUAACGGUUACAUCCUCAUCCGAAACCCCUUCACCGCCGAGGAGUUGGAGGAGUUGUCUACAGAGUACGACGACCUGUUUCGCCGGAAGAACGAGACCAAGACCGAGAGCUCGUGGGUUGGCAGCGACGAGACAAACAGGAAAAGUGACAGCCCAUACACGGUUAAGGGUAUACACAACUUGCAGAUGCAUCACGCUGUGUUUGGCAAACUGCUUUACCACGACAAGUUGCUGGACGCGCUGGAGGACGUCAUGGACACAAAGAACAUUGUCCUUCAUCACACCAAAGCUCACUACAAGCCGCCGGAAAAGGGGGCCUCAUAUCCAAUGCAUCAGGAUUACCAUUACUUCCCGUACAAGAAGGAUUCCAUGGUGGCAGCGUUCAUCCAUUUGGAUGACUCAUCGCCGGAGAACGGCGGGCUGUGCGUGUUCCCGGGCUCGCAUCGGCUGGGCCCGCAAGACGACGUGGGCGCGCGCGAGACAUCGCACUUCCAUUAUGUUGACCAGAGCAAAUUUCCUAUAGAGAAGUCGACACCGGUGUUAGCGCGCCGCGGGGACGUGGUGGUCUUCAGCUACCUGCUGGUGCACGGCAGCCCGGCCAACCUGUCUGCACGCGCGCGCCGCAUGCUGCUCGUGCAGUACGCGGACGCGCACGAUGAGCCUUUGGCGGGGGAGCGCGCCCAGCCCGCGCGUGGCCUCGUGCUCAGGGGCGUCAACUUGCAUCGCGACGCUACAGUCGCUAACCGACAUAUACAGUAAUAAAUUCUCUAGACUUAAGCUUAAAGGUUAACGUGUAUUCGUACACUCCGCGGGACGAAGCCCGUGCCGAGUGGACGAAUGCGCGUCAACCUUUAAUUUCACAACUAGGUUUAUAAUUAUUGUUUCUAUUGUAUUUGUUGUUGUAACUUUUUUCCUUAUAUUUUGGAAUAGAAAAUGAGUAUUUGAGGUUAUGUGAUACUUUGCAGUUGUUAAAGUAAAAUUUACAUUAUUUAUUAAUUAUAUUCUGAAGAUUCAUAUGU